AGGUACCCGACUGGGCACAUGGGCACGAUAAACGUGGUAUUUCGAAUGGUGGGGCAUUGAAGAGUCGUUAAAUUCUCACCAGACCAGUCUUCAUUCGAGCAGAAUGCAGGCUGUUGUCGUCCGAGUUUCCUAACAGCCAUCCAGUAGUUGGCUUGCCUCAGAACCACCAGCAGGGGUCGUAAUCUGCAUGUUUACCUUCCAUCAUGGAUACCUUUGACCUCCUCGUCGUCAACGGCUUAGUGGUCACAGCGUCUGAUACCGCCAACUACGAUAUCGCGAUCAAGGAUGGCAAGAUUGCUCUGCUUGCCCCGCCAGGGCUGUUGUCGGCCAAGAAUGCCGCCAGAGUGAUUGACGCUGAAGGUGGCUAUGUCAUGCCUGGGGGUGUUGACUGCCAUGUCCAUCUGGAGGAGCCUGCGCUCUUUGGCGGCAAAGGAAGAAGCUCAGACACGUUCGAAACAGGCACAAGGAGUAGUAUCUGUGGUGGAACAACCACAAUUGUAGCAUUUGCCCCUCAAGCCAAAACUAUGCCUUCCCUCCUCUCCGUCCUCGAUGAUACCCAAGCACGAGCGCAAGGAAAUUGUUACACGGACUAUUCAUUCCAUAUGCUCGUGGGCCACCCUGGUGAACAGGCACUCUCCGAAUUUCCCAAACUGCGGGAGCGAGGCAUUUCGUCUCUGAAGAUCUACAUGACUUAUACCGCCCUGCAACUACGAGAUGAUGAGAUCUUGGAUGUCCUGUUGGCGUCCAGAAAAGAGGGUAUCACAACCAUGAUUCAUGCUGAAAACGGUGAUGUGUUGAAUUGGAUGACCAAGAAGUUGGAGGAAAGACAGUUGUAUGCGCCCAAAUACCAUGCGACCUCGAGACCACAGAUUGUCGAGAAUGAGGCCACCAGCCGAGCUAUUGCGCUGGCCGAGCUUAUGGAUGCACCCAUCCUCGUCGUGCAUGUCUCCUCACCCGGCGCCGCCGCUCACCUUCGUGAUGCUCAAACUCGGGGUCUUCCAGUCUAUGCUGAGACAUGCCCUCAAUAUCUUUAUCUGACGCGCGACCAUCUCGACAAGCCAAACUUUGAAGGUGCCAAAUGUGUUUGCUCACCCCCACCGAGAGAUUCGGCUGCGGACCACGACGCCAUCUGGCUUGGCCUUACCAACGGCACAUUUACCGUACUUUCCUCGGACCAUUGCCCGUUCAUGUUUGAGGACCACGAGACUGGCAAGAAGAGCGUCAUCAGCCAAGAGUUUCCUGAAGGACGAUUCAAAGCUAUCCCCAACGGAUGUCCUGGUAUCGAGACCCGACUAGCACUGACUCUGAGUGCGAACCGUCUGUCACCGCAAAAAUUUGUGGAAGUGACCAGCACCAACGCAGCACGUCUGUACGGGUUGUAUCCACAAAAGGGCACCAUCUUGCCUGGCGUCAGUGAUGCAGAUCUAAACAUUUGGUAUCCUCCUGGCAAAUUAGCCCCCUUCAAGUUGACCAACGACAUGCUCCAUCACAAUGUCGACUACACUCCUUUUGAGGGCGUGGAAUUGAACCAGUGGCCAAGAUAUACUAUUCUCAGAGGACAGGUAGUCUGGGAUAGGGACAACGGUGGCCUUCUGGCUAAAAAGGGAUGUGGACAGUUCCUUCAUCGUGGAAAGAGCACAUUGCCAGGACCAAGAAAGCAGGGAGACUGGGAUGUCAGUGCCUUCUAGUUAGACAAGCGUCCGUUAUGGUAGAGCUGAUUUAUAUCUCCAUACAUAUCCGGC